GAACUAUUGGGAAUUCUAUAUGGCGCAAUCUCCGGCAUUUAUGAAUGUCAAACCUUUUAGGUUAUAGGAAGUUGUCAGUAAAAUAUUUAUCUGGAAUAAUGGAUUUAAUAGACAAAUUACCACAAUUACUACAACCUCAUGUACACAUCAAAAAUAAAGAUAAAUUUUGUAAAACAUUAGGCGCGCUUAUUAAAGAUGGCCCUAGUAAAUUACAAGUUGUAUUUGAUUUUGACCAAACAUUGACUAAACAACAUGAAAAUGGAAAGAAACAUUUGAGCAGUUUUGGAAUGUUUGAUAAAUGUCCAUCUUUAAGUGCAGAAUACAAAAAAACUGUGGAUGAAUUACACAAAAAAUAUUAUCCAUUGGAAAUUGAUCCAAAUAUACCCAUCAAUGAAAAAUAUAAAUUAAUGGAAGAGUGGUGGAAUAAAUCAGAAGUUGCAUUAAAGGGACUUAAAGUAGAUCAAAAUGAAAUAGAUGAAGUUUGUUUAAAAAUUGAACCGUCUUUGAGGGACAACACAAAAUUAUCUUUUGAUCUUAUGCUUCAGAAGAAUAUUCCAGUACUUGUAUUUUCUGCUGGAUUGGGUAAUACAGUACAGACUGUUUUAAAACAUCAGUCCGUACUCUUACCCAAUGUAAAGAUAAUAUCUAAUUUUUUAAAAUACAAUGAUGAUGGCAGUAUUGAAGGAUUUAUUAAUGCUCCAAUUCAUGUAUUUAAUAAAAAUGAAUAUGCCAUUAAAAAUGCUGAUUUCUAUAAUGAUGUCAAAGAUAGACACAAUGUUAUCCUCUUAGGUGAUUCUUUGGGGGAUGCUUCAAUGGCAGAUGGCAUUGAUCAUGUUAAUACUAUAAAAAUUGGAUUUUUGUAUGAAAGGAGAGAAGAAGCAUUGCCUAAAUAUUUAGAUACUUUUGAUAUAGUACUGGAAGAUGAUCAGACAAUGGAUGUGUUUCUUGCACUCUUAAAGUGCAUAUGUGGAUAAGAAUAUAAUGUUGUAAUAUAAAGGAAUUGAUAUAAUUAAUGACUCUCUGAAAACUCACCAAUUAGGCAAUUAUUUGUUUUAUAUUAAGUACGGUUUUUUUUUUAAAUGACAUGUAUCUUUAGGAGAAACUUAAUGUGGAAAUGCACAAUUUAUUUUGUGGUAUUUUUUUUAAUAAAUAUUUUACUGCACAA